AACAGCUGUGAGCGUAGGAUUAGGAAGUGCCAAAUUCCUUUUGUUGACGAUCUUGAUCUAAGCCUUUCGUGUGGAUUUCGUAUCAGUUCGUGGCCUAGUAUCGUAUGUCACAAUAAUUUUCCAACCGAGUUUGGUCCAGUUAACGUUCGAAUUUACGCCCUAAUUUCCCACAAAUUUUUGCCACCUCGCGAUACUGUCAUUUGUGAAAAAAAAGUUGAGUGCUCUCUCUACCAGUAGCCAUACUUGAAGCCUCCAAAGUGAAUGUCCAAUUCGUGAUUUGAUUUGCAUCAUAGAAGUCAAGUGGAGUGUCAGAAGACUUUUGACAAUUUUAUGCACAUCGGUGUCAACUCGUAAUUCUUCAUUCAAGUCAUCAGAUUGUAUCUACCUCAACAUGUAGUGUUGACCCCAACUUAGAAUGUUAGUGUCCUCAAGUUACUUGAAAAAUCAGAGGACUUUCUCCCAUUUGGAAUGGUUUGUUUAAAGAAUUUGAUAACAGCUUCACUGGAAGUGUCAUAACUAAAAACUAUCGCUGGAAAGACAAUGAUAUCGUUCGUAGAUCUAUCCUCCUUCGACAGUGGAAACGAACCACCGACACUGCUGCAGCAAUGUUUCCACUAUGUUGCUGAGAAUUUGGAAACUAUUUGUGACAAGACCAACUCGGGUCUUGAACUUAGUAAUGGUGUUGUGCUACCGCGGGAAAUCUGUGACAGACUAUUGGCAGAAUACCAGCAGAAGAGGAAAACUUUGGAUGAUGAAUUUGCGUCCGUCUUCAAGAACAACGAAAGAACCAAGCUGACAAGGGUGAGCGUCAAGAACUCCGGGAUCAGUGAUGACGGGCUUGCAAUGUUGGUGCGGCACCAAUUAGAGAUCCUCGACUUACGGAAAUGCUCUUCGGUCUCUUUCAAAUCCUUAGACACGAUAAAUCAACAUGGCAAUAAAUUACGAUGCCUUGUUGUUGGUGAUGGUGUACAUUUGUUCCCUGAAAGAUUUGAGCCUGGCUCGCCGGAUGCUGGGAAAUCAAUGUACCAAUCAAUACUUCUGAAUACUCCAAAUCUCCGGAGUUUGGCAAUCCAUAACAUGCCAGUGAAGAAGUCCAAGCCAGCCCACUACUUUCUACAACUCCUGAGCCCUCUACAACAACUGCAACACCUUGAUCUAUCCGGUUGUCGACAAAUGGCCGAUCUUGCCCGCAGUCUACAGCUUGCAUCCUUGGACAAUUUGAAGUCCUUGAUUUUGCACAAUACUAAAGAUGCCACCUCAAGCAAAGUGGUGACAGGCAUCUGCUCCUUACGUAAUUUAGAAGUUCUAGAUAUAUCUCAAUUUGAUGAAAGGGAAGGAAAGUACGAGAUGCCAGAUCUUACCUUGGCCACAAUAGUCAAAAGUUUACCAAAGUUGAAAUCAUUGGAUAUAUCAGGAACAAAUCUUGCUGGCACCGGUGUUGCAGAUGCGCAAAUCUUGUCUUCGGACUUUAUGAAAAAGAGAGACUGUGAUGAAAACUUCAAGAGUGUGUACAGGGCAAGGAAAAGUGACAUCGCUGGUUUAUCCUCAAGAGCAGAUAAUCCAUUAGAAUUUUUAGGCCUCUACGGAACUGAUCAUAAAGCCUGUUACAGGCAUGACAUUCCUGCGUCACUCAUCUCUGGUGAUGCAACUGAAUGCCAGCUUGUCACAGCCGCUUUGAAAUACAUUGAUAGGCCUAUCAUCAUUCAACGGGUUCUUAGUGACUUGUAUCAUCGUUUUCGCAAUGAAUCCAUCUCUAAUGUCCUUCAAGUUUUAUCUAUCAUUUUAUCGGCGAUGGAUCGGCAUAUAUCUGAAAGGAAUAUACAAAUAUCGGGCAGUGCCAUUAUUUUUUACAUCGUGAAAAUCCGUGACAAAGUUAACAUGUCAGUUAAGACGAAGCGACACAUAAUCACAGCCCUGUUGAACGCUAUGGAUGCCUUUGCCGAUGAUGACACAAUGAUGCGAAAUGGAUGCCUCGUUCUGUCUCACUUUAAAAUCCCUAAAGAUGUCAUAUUUGAGUACAAGAGGCUUGCAACAGCUCUCAUAUUGGUUGUCGCCAAGAAGAAUCAAGACAUCUUUGUGCGAAGGAUCAGCAUUUAUCUGCUCAAUUCUCUGGCUUGUCAAGUGAGCGAAGAUCACAAAGAACUCCUGGGGCAACUUGGAGCUAUUUCGUGGGUGUUAGAAAUCAUUAACGAAAAGCUCUCGAAGGAGGAAUUUGAUGACGUCCUUGAUGUUGCGUGGUCUAUUAUCUGGAAUGUUACUGAUGAAACUCCGCUGAACAGCGAACGCUUUCUGAAUAAAAAUGGAAUGGACCUCUUCCUCGGUUGUUUAGAGGCGUUCCCGGACAAAGAGCAGUUACUGCGCAACAUGAUCGGACUGAUAGGUAAUGUUGCUGAAGUGAAACAUCUCCGACCCAGGCUUAUGCAGCAGUCGUAUGUCAAAGUGUUUUGUGAUCUAGUUAACUCCCAGUGCGAUGGCAUCGAGGUGAGUUAUAAUGCUGCAGGAGUUCUGUCGCACCUUGCCUCCGAUGGUCCAGAGGCUUGGACGAUCGAAAGUCCGACUCGAGAGGAAGUAUUGCGCCGCAUCGUGGAGGUCGUCGAUACAUGGGAUCUGAACCUAGAAAGGAACAUAAACUACCGCUCAUUUCAUCCAAUCCUCCGUCUAGCUCAAACUCAUCACAUUCCGCAGUGUCAGCACUGGGCGGUCUGGGCUCUCGCAAAUCUCACUAAAGUUUAUCCCGAUAAGUACUGCAGUCUAGUUGAACAAGAAGGAGGCAUCGAAAUCCUACAGAAGCUCAUAAACGAUGAUGGUCCCUUCCCGCGGAGCAAAGAGUUAGCCCGCAUGGUUCUUACGCAGUGUCAAGAGUCUCAAAAUAGGCGAGAAUACACCAGCGAUUAUGAUUGAGCGCCUUUCCUCACUAAAGUUUAUCCUUGAUACCCAGCUGUACUGUAAGUAACUGUAAAGCUUUUGCCACUCAUGUAAACCUAAGGUACUAUUUUCUCUCAAUUCAAAUGAAUGUACUUUCACAUUGUACACGCACUAAACCAAAGCUCAGCCAGCUCAAAAUUUUCUCUCCAUGGAUUGUCUUUUUUUUAAAUUACCUCACAUUUCUGUGCAUUUCUUGAUCAUAAGCUCUAGCAAGGCACAUACGAUGCCGGAAAGUCUCACUUCAAAUUUGAAGACUCACUAUAAUUAAAAAAAUUCCCCUCUUCAAUUGGUUGUUUUGUACAUAACUUUAAUUUUAGUUGUCUUUGAAAUUUUCUGAAACCAUCAAAAAAGAAAAAUAAUAUUUCCAGUCAGAACGUCUUGCUUAUGUCUUACAUGCUGAUCACGGGCGCAAGGUUGAUUUUACAAAUGUAUGUCAUGUUUUUAAUAUCAAGAAGAAAGCAUCUCUUGAAUCAUUGUAUGUAUAUUUUUCCCAUUGUUUCUUAUGACUUGUAAAUUGAAUUUUCUGAUUUUAAAAAAAAGAAAAAAAAAAUGAAAUGAAGUAGGUAAAAUAUAUUCUAAGGAAAUAAAGUUAGUACAAAUGGAAAAAUUUUCGCAGUAAAAUUUUGCAAAUAUUGAAAAAUUGGCUACUGGUAAGAAAUAAGAAAUCUUUAAAAUUGCGAUUGCAACUUCAUGGUUAUCAUGAAGAUCAGAUGCCAACUUGAAUAAAAUGUUUACAGGAAAGACAUGAAUUUUACAAGAGGGACCCAUAGCAAAUCAGACCACCACAAUGACAUUCAGGGCUGAGGUCGUCCGAUUCGCUGUCGGUUCCCUCUUGUAUAAUAAAGUUUUAACUUAGUUUUUGUCGGUUUUUUUUCUUUGUACCUUACUCUUCCUUUUUCCUCUUACACCCUUUAGUUGUUAAUUUCCUUGCCUUUUUCACCUGCUUGUCUCUUAUUUUGACUUCUCCUUUUUUCUUUCUUUUAAAAUUUAUAAUUUAUUUUAAAAUUUGAUUUGAUUUUUUAUUGUUUCACAAUUGAUUUUAAUCGUUUAGAUUUGUUAUUUAUCCUUUCGCCAAACUUGUUAUCUUGAUAGAAUUGUUGUUUCUGAACUUCAUGUUUCUGCUUUAAUUCAAGUUUGCAUCAGUGACAUUAAUGCAGUGUGUAUGGGUGCGCGUUUGUAUGUGUGUGUAUAAAAGCAUCUUUUUUAGUAAUCAGUAUGUGAAAACUGUUCUAGUUUGUUCAGCGAGAAAAAGGAUAGGCGUACCAUCAUGAAAACUUUAUCAGCAUCUUUGUGAAUUUAGACCGUACAUUUCUUUCAGCUUUAAUUUUCACGCGUAAUAUGCCACCCAUUUAAAAAUUUUGUGUGCUUUAAUGGUGCAGGUCUCGCCAGAAAUUUUAUAUACUAAGGGAAAUCCUAUUACAUUCUAUUUCUCUUUCCUUUUUUAUGUUAUUCUGUGAACUCAUGAGUUCAUUGUUCUCUGCCAGCCGAAAAGAAUUACAGAGGAAAGAAAUAAUUCCUUGUGUACAUUACAUUGUUGGAAAUUCCCUCCAGUAUCAUUCGAUUUAUGUUAAAAUGUUAAUUCAUUAGAGCCUAUUUAUGUAUUAGUUAUUACUGGUUCAGAUGUUUUAAAAGUCCGCUAUCAAUUUGCUAAACGCCCUAUGGUAAACGGGCGGUACAAAAUGGUAAACCGAAGAAGAAGGAAGAUUAGAAGCUACACUAUCCGUGAUAAGACAGUCUAGGAAAUCUUUUAAUUCAUGAAGUAAUGAUUUUGGAAUUUUAAUAUUACACAUGGCCUCACAAUACUAGGUUCUUACUCCCGCAGCAACUGCAAGUUACAAGCCUGUUUCACCUUGAGUCUAUUCUAAGAUCUAUCGCACUAAAAACUUCAUCCAGUGUUUCAAUUUUCAAGAAAUGUCCCUAGGAUCCUUUAUCUGUGAACUUUUCAGUUAUCAAUUGCGCUAUUGAACCAAUAUUUUUCUCAAGGGCCCAAGCGCCAAAAGUCAAGUCUCAAGGAAAAUGAGAAAAACUGUGCCUUUCAGUAUGCACUCAAUCUUUUGUCAAUCUAUGCAUCUGAAGAAUAUCUAUUGAAACUGGGCCCAAAAAAUUGAACGCAAGCCGGGUGGUUUACUUUUUUCUGUUUUGCUCGAACUUGGAUUUUGGCAAUUGGGCCCGUAAGAAAAAUAUCAGCUCAAUGGUCUUCAUCAAAAAGAAGAAGCACCGAAGAUACUCAUAAAUUAUAUCAAUUAGAGGAGUAAGCUUGUCUCUUGUUUAACUCUUCCCUUCAUCCUACUUUUCAACUCACAUCAAUCUAAUUUUUACCACCCCUAAUAAAUAUUUUAAUACUUGUUUUUCCAUUGCAUCCUUAAAUUGCAAAAUCAUUUUUCUGUAGAUUUUAAAAAUAUAUAUUUGUAAUCGUAGUCCCCCCCCCCCAUUUUAUCAUGCUAUUGUCCGUACACUAUGUGGUCUUCUGCCAAAUUAUUUGUUUCAUAUAAUUUCUAUUUUCAUUGUUCUUCUCGUUCUCAUCUGCCUCUUAUUGCUCUUUACUGUUACCAUGUUAUCGUUUGUAUGUCCGGGUAUCUCUCGUCAAAAUGUAUAUUACUUUAAAUUUUAAUCACUACUCAACAUCUUUGUUUUUUCACCUAUAAAUACUUUUAACCUUAAAUUUUUUUUUUCCAUGAGAAUGGGCAAAUGUUAUUUCUUUGUAAUUUUUAACUAUUUCUAUUCCUUUUCUGAACAUCAACAGCGUAUGAAAAAUAGAGAGGGAAAGAAGUGUUAAAGCCAUGUUUUUAUCGAUGUUAUCCAUUUUUAAAUUUUAAAAUCCUUGUAUAUAUUAUCUAAAUUUGUAACCUUGUGGUUGUACAAAUCCUCAACUUUCACAAUAUUGCUGAAUAAAUUGACAUCUCAGUCAUAACAGCCGCAUAAGAAUUAACUGAAUAUAAUAUUUUGUUUCGGAAGUUUGAGUGAGUGUUUCUGAAUGCAAACUGUUGAAUUUUGAAUUUUUUUCUCUGGGUCCCUUAAAGUAUUUUCUUUUUAAGAUAAUUGUAAAUUUUACAGCUUUAUACUUAGAAAAGCUCUAAGUUGAGUCAAUAACUAUCACCGCUGGAAACAACUACCCUUACUUUUGUCGAUCUCUGCAAUCAAAGUGCUCUCACUUACUUGAACCUGCCUGUUGACUUCUUAAUACUUUAAAGUAAAAUUUAGAAAUGAAGAUAAGAAGCAAAUAUACGUAACAGCUAGAUGUGACUCAUCACAUCUGAAACGCUUUCGACCAUCUCUUUCUUUUAAUUUUUUUUUAAACUUUUUGGCUCAGACUGUAUUGGUGUUUGUUGUACCAACGCACAGUUCAUCUUUCAUGAAAUUAAAGCAAAGGGUAGAUUUUUCCGGUGAUUUUUACUUUGUUAAUUGAAUAUCAUUGUAAGACACUACAGGUAAAUAUUUUGAAUAUUAUCAUUGUUUCUUUUGUUGCCAAUAGUUGAUAACCGAGUAAAUUUGAAUGAUUAGAUUUGCA